AUGGAGCAGCAGAAGCGCAUGGUGAGCAAGUGCCCGGACAACGAAGAGCUCGCAGCGUACAUGCUACGGAAGUGGCAGGAAAUGGCCGAGCAAAAGCCCAAAGGCAUCUCCGAGAACAUCGAAAUGACUCUUUCUAAGGCUUACUCCAAUGUCUGCAACUCCAAGAACCCUAUUAAAACCCUUAAAGAGUUUUCCCAUAUCAAGGGUGUGGGGAAGUGGAUUCUGCGGCUUAUGCAAGGGUUUUUUGAGACUGGUUCAAGCAGUUCUGAACCAGAAGACUUAACAAAAAAGGGUAAGAGAAACAAAGGAAGCAGGCGCUAUCUUCCACAAAAGAAUUCUGUGGCAUAUGCAUUAUUGAUCACACUUUACAGGGGAACUGAAAAUGGGAAUGAAUUUAUGCGUAAACAGGAGCUUAUUGAUGCAGCUGAAGCAAGUGGACUUUCUCGUGUGCCGAUUAUGCCAGAGAAGGGAAAGGGAAAACUUGGACACUUUGCGAGUUCUGCAAAGGAAUGGUAUAGUGGAUGGUCCUGCAUGACAACAUUGAUAACCAAGGGACUGGUUGUGAAAUCAAGUUGCCCCGCAAAGUACAUGCUUACUGAAGAAGGUAAGGAAGCUGCACGUGAAUGUCUCAUGAGGUCUGGUUUGGCAGAGCCUGUAGAACAAUCUGCUAAUGCUAAAGGGCCUUCUGUUCUGAAUGUGGACAAUAUUUCAUAUCAGGGACUUGCUCAUCCGGGCUCAGCCACAGAGGUGACAUUGUUGCCCACUAAUCUAAGUAGGCGGGAGAAACCGUUUGAUAUUCCACGGGAAUACCUUGACAAGUUUAUGCCCAUGGGGUAUUCUAAGGAACAGAUUGUUCAAGCUUUUACUGAAGUUUCAGAAAGUUCCCUUGGCAAGGAAAUGUCUUCACUAUGGCCAUCCGUUCUGUGUCGUCUUCGCGAAGAAGAAGUUUAUGGUUUGCAUUUGAAGUCUCAGACUUUAAGGAAAGAUCUUUGUGCAGAACCAAUCACUUACACGGUUGCAGAUGGUCAUAGAGAUUGUGUAAUGAGUUCUUGCGAUGGUGGACAUGUGGCGAAGAUUAAUUCUGACGAGCCAGUAUCAAAGUCUUUUACGUUCAGAGCUUGUUCAUCCUCUAGUCAUCCUGUGCCAAAGCCUACUUUGGAUAAUUAUGAAGCAAGUUCGAGUGUUUUAUCCAUACCACCUCUAAGCUUUGGGGAGAGAUUUGAGGAUGCAUAUGAAGUAAUCUUGGUAUUGGAUGAUCGAGAACAAUUUGCUACUCAGGGAUCGCGGUCUAGGAGAAUUAUUGAGAAUGUUCGUUCUCAAUUCAAAAUCAAAAUAGAGGUUAGGAGGUUACCAGUUGGAGAUGGAAUCUGGAUAGCUCGCCAUAAGAAUCUUGAGAGCGAAUAUGUACUUGAUUUUAUUGUUGAGAGGAAGAAUGUUGAUGACUUACGCAGUUCAAUUAGAGACAACCGUUACAGGGAUCAGAAAUUGAGACUCUUGAGGUGCGGGCUAAAGAAACUGAUAUAUCUUGUGGAAGGUGAUCCAAAUACUUCAGAAGCAGCAGAAAGCAUUAAAACAGCCUGUUUCACAACUGAGAUUUUGGAGGGAUUUGAUGUUCAGAGAACCAUUGGCUUGGCUGAUACAUUGAAGAAGUAUGUGUAUCUUACUCAAGCAAUAACUCAGUAUUACAAUUCAGAAUUCUCUGAGGAACAAUGUAUACGUGCUGGGGUUUGUCCUCCUUUUGAUGAAUUUGUUAAAAGGUGCCAAGACCUGGAUAAAAUGACAGUCAGUGACGUUUUUGCCAUUCAGCUCAUGCAGGUCCCCCAGGUAACUGAGGAAGUUGCCAUAGCUGUUCUGGAUUUGUACCCAACGCUUUUAUCUCUUGCCCGUGCCUACUCUCUACUUGAGGGCGACGUCCGUGCACAAGAAGAGAUGCUUAGAACCCAGAGUAACAAUGCCGUCAAUGCGGGUGCUAGUAAGAAUAUAUUUCACUUGGUUUGGAGCAACUGA